AGUAAAACUAAGAGAGUACUAUUUCCAAGUCUAGCUUCCACUUUCCUACUAUUGAUUUGAGAUUAUCUUCAUGUAUAAUUAGAUGGUCCAUCAUCUCAAUCAAUUCUCCUAUUCAUCCACUCCUACCACAACCAAUUAACGGCAGCCAACCAAUUUCCCCAAUUGAAAACGAUGUCCAAAACAGUUUUCAACUCCAAGAUGUCUUCUUUCUCUCAAAUAAACAUUGACAACCAUUAUCACCAGACUAGACUAGAGGUUUAAUCAUCAAAUGGCUCAACAUGGUUCAAGACUCGUGGUGCCAAUUGACGUCACCAAGAAACCACGACAACAGAAGCUCCCCCUUCACAACCGGUGGCACCCCGACAUACCACCGGUGGCUCAGGUCACUGUCGGGGAGGUUUUCCGGGUAGAAAUGGUGGACUUUUCCGGUGGUGGUAUCACCAAAGAAUACACAGCCGAAGACAUCAAAUACUCCGAUCAGUCUGUUGUGCAUUAUCUGAGUGGGCCGAUUAGGGUUGUUGAUGAGGAAGGAGAAGCGGCUAAACCAGGGGAUCUUCUUGUGGUUGAGAUAUGCAAUUUAGGUCCUCUUCCCGGCGAUGAAUGGGGGUUUACGGCGAUUUUUGACAGAGAAAACGGUGGCGGGUUUCUCACUGAUCAUUUCCCUUGUGCCACGAAAGCAAUUUGGUAUUUUGAAGGAAUAUAUGCUUACUCUCCUCAUAUACCUGGUGUACGUUUUCCGGGUAUAACACACCCUGGAAUAAUUGGAACUGCGCCUUCAAUGGAACUUCUUAAUAUAUGGAACGAAAGGGAGAGAGAGCUUGAAGAAAAUGGUCUAAAAUCAUUAAAGUUAUGUGAAGUUUUACAUUCAAGGCCAUUGGCGAAUCUCCCAUUAACAAAAGGCUGUCUUCUUGGCAAGAUUCCAGAAGGAACUCAAGAAUGGGAGAAGAUUGCCAAUGAAGCUGCAAGAACGAUUCCAGGAAGAGAAAAUGGAGGAAACUGUGACAUUAAGAAUCUUAGUAGAGGUUCAAAAAUUUACCUUCCAGUGUUUGUUGAAGGUGCUAACUUUAGUACAGGUGAUAUGCACUUCUCACAAGGCGAUGGUGAAGUUUCGUUUUGUGGGGCGAUUGAGAUGAGUGGAUUCCUUGAGCUCAAGUGUGAGAUAAUACGAGGGGGGAUGAAAGAAUACCUAACUCCAAUGGGACCUACUCCUCUUCAUGUAAACCCUAUUUUCGAGAUCGGACCAAUGGAGCCUAGAUUCUCAGAAUGGCUUGUAUUUGAAGGAAUAAGCGUUGAUGAAAGUGGAAGACAACAUUACCUGGAUGCGAGUGUUGCUUAUAAGCGUGCAGUUCUGAACGCGAUCGAUUAUCUCUCCAAAUUUGGGUACUCGAAAGAACAGGUUUAUCUUCUACUGUCGUGUUGUCCAUGCGAAGGAAGGAUUUCGGGAAUUGUGGACGCUCCAAAUGCUGUUGCUACUCUUGCGAUUCCAACUGCUAUUUUUGAUCAGGAUAUUCGUCCGAAGACUAAGAAGGUGCCAGUAGGGCCACGGGUGGUGAGAAAUCCAGAUAUUCCGAGAUGCAGUUACGAUGGGGAUUUACCCAUAACAAAAAAUCCUGGUGCAACAGGUUGAAUGGGACAUGAUGUAUUUCGAUGUUGGGAAAAUGAACAAACUAUGGAAACUGUUUUAAAAAUACCAUUAAACUAAAUUAAUGCUAUCAAAAGGUAAAUAUGAAAAACUUUGGCCUAAAUAUGAAAAA